UUCAAAAAUAUUUGAUUUCAUAAUAAAUACCUAACCUAAAUAAUUAUCUAUCUAUAUUAUUUUUUUAUUCAUGUCAUAAAUAAACAUAAUUUUUUUAUGUUAUAGUAAUUACAGCGUUAAGAUUGUAAUUUCUGUACCUUAGGUUAAAGUGAAAUAAAAAAGAUUCAUAUGAAUUUUAUGUUACUCUCGGUUCCUAAAACUUGCAUGUGAAUCUUAUUAUAAUGUUCAAACGAAUAGCUCUUGGUAUUUCAGGAGGAGUAGAUAGUGCUGUUGCAGCAUUGCUUCUUAAGAGAGCAGGAUACCAAGUUGAAGGAGUUUUUAUGAGGAACUGGGAUAGUAACUAUGAAGCUGGUUUUUGUUCCGACGAAAAAGAUUUCGAAGAUGCAACUUUCGUAUGUCGUAAGCUGGAUAUACCUUUACAUAGGGUUCACUUCAUCAAAGAAUAUUGGAAUGAGGUAUUCACAGUGCUACUAAAGGAGUAUGAAAGUGGAUUAACACCCAAUCCAGAUAUUUUGUGCAAUAGAUAUAUAAAAUUUGACAGCUUUUUCGAACAUUGCAGGAAAAAUUUAGAAGUUGAUGCUAUUGCUACUGGUCAUUAUGCAAAUACGUCAUUUGGUCCAUUCUUAGAACAAUAUUCUGAAAAUGAAGAUGUGCGGUUAUUGCAACCAGCUGAUAAACACAAAGAUCAGACUUUCUUUUUGUCACAAGUGAAGCAAUUUUCUUUGAGACGCUGCAUGUUCCCUAUAGCAAAUCUCAUGAAAAGUCAAGUCAGGUACAUAGCAAAAAAAGAGGGACUUCUAAACGUAGCUGAUAAAAGAGACAGCACUGGAAUUUGUUUUAUCGGAAAAAAGAGGUUUCAAAAUUUCAUUGAAGAAUAUAUUGAAACCAAAAAGGGAUUUUUCAUAGACAUAGACACUGGACAAAUAGUAGGUGAACAUGGCGGUCUACACAAAUGGACUGUAGGACAGAGAUGCUGUCUUGCAAAUUGGAAAGAUGCAUAUUUUAUCUUCAAAAAGGAUUUGCAAACCAACAACAUUUUUGUGGUUGCAGGCACCAAACAUCCAGCUCUGUGGAAUAAUCUGUGUUUUACAGAUAAACCUCAUUGGAUUCAUAGUACUCCUUCUGAAUUAUUAGAUGGUGCUGUUUUGAACUGUUUCUUUAGGUUUCAACAUACUAAACCAUUAGUUCCUUGUAGAGUGGCAAACAAUUCUGAUGGCCUCACUAUUAUUUUAGGACGCAAUUUAAGAGCUCUGACAGAAGGACAAUAUGGUGUUUUUUAUAAGGGUAAUGAAUGUCUUGGUAGUGCUAAAAUAAAUAGUAUAUGUCAACAUUUAACUUACUAAUUGUUGAAAAUUAUCAGUUGGCUAUUUAAGUAUAGUAAAAUUAUUACAAUUUGUUUUGUAAUGCCCAAUAAAAUGUGAUACUU